AUGCUUUCCAGUCUGAGAACUGGUGUACAAGGGCUGUGGCGCAUGUCCUCAAGAACCCUUCAUACGACCAGUAGUCUGCAGCAUGACAGCUUAUUUGUUCAUCGAGAUACACCUGAAGACAAUCCAAAUAUUCCAUUCGAAUUUUCGCCAGAAAAUAACAAGCGGAUAGAAGCACUCCUAGCUAUUUACCCUGAAGGUCAUAAGAGAGGUGCCAUGAUUCCUCUACUGGACCUAGCCCAACGGCAAAACGGUGGAUGGUUGCCAAUAUCCGCAAUGCAUAAAGUUGCUGAGAUAUUGAACCUGCCUCGCAUGCGAGUGUAUGAGGUUGCAACUUUUUACACUAUGUUUAUUAGGCGACCAAUUGGCAAAUACCAUGUCCAAGUUUGUACGACAACACCAUGCUGGCUGCGUGGAUCUGAUAAAGUCCUCAAUGCAAUAAAAGAAGCCACUGGCUGCGAAGUUGGUGGGAACAGCCCUUGUGGCAAAUUUUCAUUAUCUGAGGUUGAAUGUCUUGGUGCCUGUGUAAAUGCUCCCAUGGUGCAGGUUAAUGAUGAUUAUUAUGAGGAUCUUAGCAUUGAGGACACAAAAGAAAUAAUUGAGAAGUUGAAGAGGGAUGAAAAACCUAAACCGGGUCCAAGGAGCGGUCGCUUUGCAUCGGAGCCAUUGGGAGGUCUCACUUCCCUCACAGAAGAGCCAACGGGUCCAGGCUUUGGCUUGCAGGAUGCUCUCAAAGCC